AUUAAGGGCCACGUCAAAUUUGAGUCAUCUCUAUCUAUUUCAAAAAUUUCAAACGAUUUCCAUUACUUUAGCGUUCUCUUCUUCUUCCGGUAACAUCCGAUACACGACUAUAUAUAUCCAACAAUCCCUCUUCUGCUCCCUACUUUUGCUUCUUCAAUCCUUAUCCUGAUCAAAGUAGGCAUGAUGAGUGUGACUGGGAAGUUGAUGUUUCUCUACGUUUUCUUGAAUGUGGUUUCAUAUAUAGUGAUAGCUGCGGGACCACCAACGUGUCCUGCUGCAGAUAUUUCUAGUGACUGUGAGAGUGAUUCCGGGGAAUGGGAUGGUGAAUUCUUCCCCGGAAUUUCCAAGAUCAAAUAUGAGGGUCCUUCUAGUAAGAACCCAUUGUCAUUUAAAUGGUACAAUGCCAACGAGGAAAUUCUGGGUAAAAAGAUGAAGGAUUGGUUUAGAUUUAGUGUUGCGUUUUGGCACACAUUCCGUGGCACAGGUGGCGAUCCGUUUGGCUCAGCUACAAAAUUUUGGCCAUGGGAAGAUGGCACUAAUUCACUUGCCAUGGCAAAGAGGAGGAGUAAGAUAUGACAUUCAACUCAGCCAUUUUUAGUUAAAGGAAAAUAACUUUCCGUAAACAAUACUUCCCAGCAUAAUAUUUUCCAUGGAAAAUAUGUUGUUUCAUGCAUAGCAUUUUGUUCAGCCGAUAACUAUAGAACACCAUCUAAGCUUCCUUCUAAACAAAGGGAUCCUAAAGUU